AGGAGGAGAAGAGGAAGGAGAAGAAGAGAUAGAAUAGGAAGAAAAUGAAGAGGCAGGAGAAGAAGAUAAUGAGAAAGAGAAAGAGAAUGAAAGGGAGGAGGAAGAAAUGGAAGAGUGGGAAGAGUAUGAAGAAGAAGAAGAGGAGGAGGAGGAGGAGGAGGAAGAAGAGGAAGAGGGAAGUGAAGAGGAAACAAGAGAAUAUUAUUACACAUCUUCUAUACCUUUUUCCUUUUUAAAUGUCUCUUUGCCUACUUUGAGUCCUACCUUCUCCACCCCAUUCUCCAGCUCUCUUCUGUUUCAGGAUGCUAAAGAAGAGAGGUAUGCUUCAGGAAUAAUGACUCCUCAGAAAGCUCAGAGCUCCUUUAUAGCCACAUUUCAAAGAAAUUUAGGUAAAGAAAUCAACUACAUGGAGGAAGAGGGGAGUCUAGGCAUUAUUCAGUCUUCAAAAGAUUCUCAAUCUUUGUUGAAUAGCCAACUAAAGGAAAAGAUGACUGAUUUGGUCUAUGCUAUGAUCUUCAAGUAUCAAGUGAAAGAAUCUAUCACAAAAGUAGAAAUGUUAGAGAUUGUCAGCAAAGAAUACAAGAAACAAUUCCACAUGAUCUUUAUGGAUGCUUCUAAGUGCCUGUUCAUGCUUUUUGGCAUUGACAUAAAGGAAGAAUAUACCAUAAGAAACUCCUAUACCCUUGUCAAUUCACUGAACCUUACCUAUGAAGAAAAGCUGAGUGGAGAGCAAAGAAUGCCUAGAAAUGGCUUCCUGAUAGUUAUUCUGGGCUUGAUAUUCAUAGAAGGGAAUUGUGCUCCUGAAGAAAGUGUCUGGGAAUUCCUGAAUACAAUGGGAUUAUAUGAUGGGGAGGAACACUCCAUCUAUGGAGAGCCCAGGGCAUUUCUGACCAGAGAUUUGGUGCAACAAAAUUAUUUGACAUAUCAGCAGGUGUCUAACAGUUAUCCUCCAUGCUUUGAGUUCUUGUGGGGUCCAAGAGCCCAUGCUGAAACAACCAAGAUGAAAGUUCUGGAAUUUUUGGCAAGGAUCAAUGAAUGUGACCCACUUUCUUUUUUAUUUUUGUAUGAAGAGGCUUUAAGAGAUGAGGAAGAGAGGACCUGUGCCAGAAGUAUCUGCCCAAAUAGAAGUCCAGUCACAUUGACUGCAGAGCAUGUAUUUCCAGCUAAUACCCAGAGUGAUAGAUUUGUUUUUGGAUGUAUUCACUCUGAGUUUGAAAAGAGCAGUCAAAAUUCUAAGUAAUGGAAGGUGAAAGUUAGCUUGAGUAGAAAAUAGUGGAGCACAAUAUUGCUAUAUAUGCUAUUUGGGGAGUUGUUAUUUUCCAUUUGGGAUAGACUAUCAAAUCUUACUUCUUGUAGUAACAGAUUUACUAGCUUUGCAAUCUAAGUUAUGAAUGACCUUGAUCAUACAUUUCUUGCUGUUUAUUAUGUUUUUAAAAAAUACAGAGAAAAAAACUGUGAUGUUUUAUUUUUAGAUUGAUAUUCUGUUCUAUUCUGUAAAAUUAAAUGCUGUGCUUCUAUAUUUAUGUAGCUUAUAAAAUACGAAAACAGGAAAAUCUUAGCAAAGUUUCUGCUCACUGACUCAUUCAUUUACUGAACAUUAGUUGAAUAUUUUAUUUUUGGAAGAUACUACUUUAUUGACACAGGACACAUGGAUAAGUUAGACACACCCCUGCUCAGAGAAUUAUAGAAUCUAGGGAGAGCUACUGUAUCAAGAACAGGGUGAAAUGUCUUAUAAGACAUGUGAAAACAAGGACAACGUAAGAACAAUUGAAAACAAGAAAAAAGAGCUACCCAUCAGGAGCAAAAGCCUAGAGUCAGUGCAAUUUGACUGGGGACUUGGGAAACUCUAACUCCUUUUGGGCCAGUUUUAUAUUAAGUCAUGGAAAGUUUCAGGGAACCUAUGCACAAUGAGUCUUGUAGGAGAGAGAAAACCCUUGAAUGAAAAUUGCUCUGAGCCGUUCUCUUGGAAUUCGGGGUAAAUAAAGAGGGUUCGACAUCUGGUCCCUGUGUGGAGAGUGCUUUGCUGUUCUGUUCUUACCCAGCUAGACUCAAUGCAUGCAGUAGUAGACUCAGUGCAUGCAGUAAUUUUGAACUCACAAGAGCUGAAAGAGUUUUCUGAGGAGUAAUGUGGGAACUUCUUGGGUUGUGACCUAGAGAAACCAUCACGCUGCCAUUCCUUCUUCUGGUCUGGAACAGACAGAACCCAUUCCAUUGUUAUUUCAUGUUGAUUGCUAUUUAUCUAAAUCUAAUCCAGGUCAAUGAGUUUGUGGUAGUAGAUUUAAUUUAAAAGUAUAUACAGAAAAUGAGCAGCUAGAAGGGAGGACAAAUUGGUAUUUGACUGAGUUCUAAGAACACUGAGUUAUUUUACCCUAGAAAUUAAGCUUCAACUCCAAAAUAAUAUGUCAACUAAGAGUGAAAAUACCAUGACUUGUAUUUGGAAUGCUGAAUUUUUGGUUGUUUUGAUAUUCUUUACCAUGUUGAACUGCCUGUUUUCUCAGAUGUUAUAGACAACAGUAUCAAAACCCAUGGGAGAGGAUGCCAGGGUUCAGGGUCUAAUGAUUAUUCACCCCACCACUCACUAAACUAUCAAUAUCUUUGGGCAGUGUACCAGGUGUUUUAUUCACAGUCAAUGAAUUUUCACUGUGAUGCCACAUCUCUCAAACCUGAUUAUCAGCAGAGCAAUUUAAAGUUCCUAGUGCUUGAAAAUUACCCCCAAGGUCAUGUAGCUGGUAUAUGCCAGUACUCAACAAGAAUUUAUCUAAAGUACAUAUUGGUCCAGCUCUGCUUAGCUUGAGGCACCUUCAGUUUCUUAGUUCAUUUCCUACUAU